AUGUCCAUCAGUCAAUUGGACCCCAGUUUACUCAGCUCACAGCCGUUGAACCAAUCCCCCGGGACACCAAACCUUGCAGACCUCUCUCUUGGAUCAGAAUUUUCCGGCAUCUCGAUGGGGCGCACACGCAGCGAAGCCGACCCCAAUAGAGCCAAUGAGAAACCCAAACGCACUCGAAGGACCAAGGCACAGAUGGCUGCCUAUUGGGCUGAUCUGGAGCGCAGCAAGAAGCUCACUGACGUCGAAAAGAUCACGGAGGGUGCAAAGCGAGGCCAUAAGGGUCGGUGUGGUCGAUCGUCUCAACGAGGCCGAGGCACCAAGGGAUCCCUACCACCGUCAACUGAUUACUCCUGCCCAGAAGGUACAACGAUCAUUCGAGGCACGUCGACCCGGCCACUGAUUUCUUACCAGGCCAACGAACCCGCCGUCGUUCUAGCCGACGUUCCCGAACUGGUAUCCGACCCUGGCCCAACCGAGCAAGCUUCGAAUUUAAAUGAAGAUGAAAAAUCUGAAAGUGAUCGCCAGUCAGAAAUGGAGGACGAUCGACUCUAUUGCAUCGAGGAUAACCGCCCUCGGAAAUACCCGUCGUAG